CACAGAUAAGGCAGGUCGGCUACGAGGUGGUGGUGUCCCUCCGAGUGCUUAUGUUCACAGCCUCCUACAAGACAUACACCUCAAUGUGGACAAAUGUUUCGACUACACAGUUCCAUAUGUAUUUUGCUGGCUUUUAUAACGGGCUGCUCUGGGGAGUCCGCGUGUGAAAAAGAAGGUGAAAAAGAUGAUAGCUGUGUCAAACGACAAGUUUUUGACAAAAAAGUCACAGCAAUCCCGGUCACACUGAAAGAAGGUGUCACAGAUAUUUUUUUUGUGGGCAGUCAAAUCAGUUUAAUUCAGAAAGGUGCAUUUGCCACAAAUCCUCAUCUUGAGAAGAUCGAGUUCCUUGGUGCCUCUACAGAUUCCAUUGAGCCUGGAGCAUUUGAGGGCUUAAACAACCUUACGCUCAUUGAGAUAUCUAACACACCACUGGAGUCACUUUCUGUGGGAGUUUUUCAGGAUUUGAAAAGCCUUGAAACUCUUGUUCUGAAAAACAACAAAUUACAGAGUUUACAGAAGGGAUUGUUUGAUGGUCUUGAUAAACUCAAAGAUCUACAGCUGCAUAUGAAUGAGAUUGCAACUAUCGAGGACGGGAUAUUCGAUCAGCUAGAGAAUCUUCAGACUCUUCAUCUGGCAAAAAAUAAUGUCAGCUCCAUUUCAUCAUCUCUCAUCUCGGAAUUGAAGAAACUCAAAGUAAUCAGACUGUAUGAAAAUGAGCUAUCAUCUCUACCUGAUGGAAUAUUUGACAAUAUGCAAGGACUUACAGAGAUUGCUUUACAAAACAACAAAAUAUCAUACAUACAGCCACAAUUAAUUCCACAUAAAAAUCAUUUAGGAAAGCUACUGUUAGACAACAACCUCUUGACAGAGUUGCCACCACAGAUGUUUGUCAACUUUCCAUUACUUAAAACAUUGACACUCCACAGUAAUCAAUUAACACAUCUGCCACCAAACUUAUUUGGAGAAAUGCCUAAACUUACAGAGUUAAGUUUUAAGAGCAACAAUCUCACCACACUUCCUCCUGGAGGCCUGAGUGUCCUUGCAAAGAUCAAAAAAUUGGAUCUGUCAGAAAAUCUGUUUGAAACUGUGGCAGGAGAGUUUUUUAUUGGUUUGGAGAAGGUCGCAGAUCUUAAUCUUCAGAAAAAUUCUAUUAAAUCCCUCACAUCAGACAAUUUUGAGCCAUUAAAAAACUCAUUAUCAACCCUGAAACUUUCUAAAAACCAACUGAAAUGGCUUCCAAAUGAUGUCUUCAGUUCUCUACCGAAACUGAGUAAAUUAUACCUGGAUGGCAAUCCUUGGCAUUGUGACUGUAAUCUGAUACCCUUUUAUGAAUGGAUGAAAUCCAAUCCCAAAAUGUUAAAAUCUGUAGUAUUAUGCGCCUCACCUGAGUCUUUGAAAGACCAAGAGAUCAUCAAACUAGAAGAAAGUGUAUUAAUAUGCCCCACUACUCUGCCAACUACUACUGCUUUACACACUACUACCACUCCUAUGCCAACAACAACAACAACACAGACUACUACAAUGGAGACAACAACCAUGACUACAGCACUGCCAACCACAACACCUACAACUACAUUGCCAGUAACUACGACAGUGCCAACAACAACAACCACAACAUUACUUACAACAACCAUAGCAAUACCUACAACGACACCGCUUAUAACAACAACAACAACCACAGCAUUACCUACUACAACCACAACAAUACCUACAACAACACCGCUUAUGACAACAACAACCACAACAUUAGCUACAACAACCACAACACUACCUACAACGACACCGCUUAUGACAACAACAACCACGACAUUAGCUACAACAACCACAACAAUACCUACGACACCGCUUAUGACAACAACAAUACCAACAACCACGACAUUACCUACUACAACACUGCUUAUGACAACCACUACUGAACUUACAACAACUUUAAGAACAACAACAAUCACAACAACCACACCAAGUACUACUAUGACUACUACAGCUGCAACCACAAGUCAAACCACUACCGUUCUGAUAACCACAACGCCACUCAUAUCAACUUCUGAGCUCACUACAACACCUCUGACCACUAGUAUGACCACAACAUUGGCAACAACAACUUGCACUACCACUACCCAGAUGAUACCUACUACUACCACAUCACAUCAAACAACCACCCCAACCUAUUUCACCUGUGUCAGCACGUAUUAUCCUGAACAGCUGCUCGCAUCUUCAUACAACCCUCCACUUGAGGACAACCUCAAUGAACGCUGUAAAAAACAGUUCAUGUUUUACUCUGCUAUUCUGAUAGUGGAAGCUUUUUGUACUUUAGUGCUUGCUAAGUUCACUUACACCCUAUAUUGUUCCCUUCAACAAGGGCAGCGACUUUACAACAGAGUCAACCUUACCCACUUCUCUUACAAAAAAGAAAUCACCUUAAGACCAGUUCAAGAGAUUGAGUCAAUUGCUCUGUGAGACAGAUCUGUUACGGUCCUCAUCAUUAUUGAUCUAAAGGACAGUCAUUUUAAACGUACUUUGCACCAUGGGGUCGCCAGUCAUUAUUUUCACAUUAAGUGGGCUGCCAGGGGAGGUUUACAGCCAGUAUUUGCAGUCUUGACAUUUUAACGGGCCCAUUUGGAGAUGGUAGACAAACAAACUCCAAACUCAUCAUCUGUCAUAAAGACGUCAUUUCAAAAGACUCAGAGUAAGAGCAACUUUCACCUUAAAGGAGUCAUAGAACGCAUUUUUUGACCAUUACAAAUUGAUCUUUGAGCCUAAAUAAUGUCAUAUGUAAAUUUGUGGGGCUGAAAACGCCCCAGGAGCACUGCUAGAUCGCCUAAUACAAGGUCAUAAAUAAGCCUUGCAAUGAAACAGUUUGUUUUUCCCGCCCACUCAGCAAGUUCAUGAAUAUUCAAAUGAGAUGCGCGCUGAUUGGUCUAUUGGCCGAUAUGUCCUGAAAGUUGAUUGGCUCAAUCCACCGGUCUGAAGCUAGAGCAAAGUGAAACUACGUUUGCUGCUGGUAAAUAAAGCCAAAGUCUUUGAUAAAGCUAUCAACAAUGGAUUUAAAUAAGGAAUACAGCCGUACAUGUAUAAUCCGAGUCAGAAGAAAGUUCUGACGAAGAUGAAGUGCAGCAGAUUCCCCAACAGAAUGAAUGUGUUAGAUUGGUAAGUUUUAUCAGUACAUUUCUUAGUACAGUAACUCUCCAAAGUUAGCUGUAAUAACGCUAGCAUUACAACGUCUCUGCCAUAGACCACAUAUCUAGAUACUAGCAUCGUAAGAGCAGUUUAACAAGAAUUAUUAAUCGAAGGUAUGCAAAUGAGAGGGGCCGAGGGGUGUAUCUAAAGGGGGAUGGGCGCCUAUUACGUGUUAUCUGAGCUCUGUUCAGAUUGGAGCAUUUCAACACGGCUGUUUCUAUUUCCCAAUUUGCAUACGAAAGCAGGCGGGGGACGCGGUAAAGUCUUUGGUGUUGUCCUUUGGACACUGCUCGCAGCCUAAAUUCAACAGUAACAAGGUGAAUGUGGUUUUGAAUUCUAGGACUCCUUUAACAAUCACUUUUAAUUCAAUUAAAAGGAAAUUUUCCAAAAAUAUCUUUACAUUUUCUAGCCUGCAGUCAUUUUUAUCCCUACAUUUAUGAACGUUCCAAAAUUUGACGCAGUAAGAGGGUUUCCGGCCAAGUUAGGUCAAUAAUAUCCGUAAAGGGAAUAAUGGACCUCAGUUUUCGAAGGUCGAAAAUGUAACCAGUGCUGGUGAACAUCCUAUCACAGAGGCAACAAAAGUAGCUUGCCAUCUGUUACGGGUCUGCAGGGCUCCUCCUAGUGGCUUGCUUGUCUCCUGUCUAUUGCGUCUCCCUACAGGUGAGCCAAGCACAGGUGUGUGUGGCAUGGAUUGGCGCACGUGAAGUCUGAUUGAUUACUUCCUGGAUGGCCUUUAAGAUCUCCGUAGACCUGGAUGUGGAGGCCGCCGCUUCUCCUCCUCUCCCGCACCUUUUGCCGUUUUGGCGUUUACUUUCUUUAUGCACGACAUCUCUUCUUUUCCCAAUCCAACACUUAUACUGACUUUACUUAACCUACGUUGUAAAUACUUUAUCUUGAAUAAAUACAUGUUUGGCAAAUUCCGUGUGGUCUUCCCUCUCUGGUUACAUAGCCUAGUAGGCCGGUUGUAACACAUCAUAAUAUAUAACAAACUACAGUGAGAAAGCAAGUGAUUUCUGUGUUGUAAUACAGCAGGCAUAAGCUACCUGUAAGAAUAUGCUAAUUGCAUGAUCAGUGUUGGCUAAUGAUAGCCGGCCAGGUCUCCCACAACAGCAUACUACCUCAAUUACCAGUUUAUAGUUUUGCCUGUACAAUUACAGUUUGUCCAUGCUUGCUAUAGCAACAGAUACCACAGCCCUUUCCAUUCUAAGUGCCAUGUAUUUUGAACCCAAACAGCCAGUUUCUUGCUGAUGUUAGCCAUGAUAGCCAGCUAGGUUACUGCACUAAAUAACAAAAUGGUGUGGUAGGCUAUGAGCAUGGUGUAUUUCUGUCAGGUGAUUUUGAGUCAAUCGUAUUGAUUUUGUGGUACUUUGUCGUAUUGAAUCUGAUGGAAAUUAUACAGCAUUUGACUGUUACCGCUUGUUGGUAUUGUUGAAUGUAUACCUUGUCAGUACAUUUAUAUUCGGCUGCUUUGUAAUUUUAAUUGGUAAAACAAAGCAGACAAAAUUAGAGAUGUUUUAUCAGUUCAAGAGGACUACUUUAAAAAGCCCCUUUUUCACAGAUUCUCUGCUGUAGGUCUCGUAAAACACAUAUUAUCCAUAAACAGGCAGACAUCCCCGGUUCAGAAAGUAAAAGUCCUGCCAAAUAUUUGAGCUAACCAUUUAGCAAAACAGCUCAUGCCGAUAAGUUGCCGGGUCUCAGAAAAUUAGUGAUAUCACCUGUUACUGCACAGGUAGGAAGAAUAUAUGUCAGAACUUAUACUUUCUGGAACCAGGAUGCCCUUUUGCAAGGAUUGUUCUUUUAGGCCUAAUUACAUGUCAUGUUCAAAUGUGAUCAUAACAACAGGUGCAUUACUCAUACUAGCUUACAGGCUUUAGUCAGUAAUAAAAUACAACUCUAACAGUGUUUUUAAUUUCAUGCAUCUUUAACUGGGUAGCCAUUUUUUUCAAGUAACAGCAACAGCCUUGCAAAACAUCUGUGCAUGUUACCAAAGCUCCGCUUUAACCCUCUCUGAUGUUACUCCUUUGAUACUCAAAAGUGGGGUUGCCGAUAUCAAGACUCUGUAUCUCAACAAAUCCAGAUCACCGGAAUGCUGACUGAGGUUUUGGGUCUUGCCCCUACUAUACUUUCUAAAUGUGUUCAUCUGUUUCUUGUUUAUUCAGUUUGCUCCUUGUGUCUUAGUCUUUGUCUGGUCUCAUUUACUGAAGCUGUGAAUAUGUGAGUUUUGCUGCACUCAAGUGAUCUAUGUAUUGA